CGAAUCCGUGUUUUUUCUUUAAUUCAGAUUAAUCUCAUCAGAUCAUGAUUGAUUUAUAUGUUACUACAUGUCUUCUUUCUUCACUGCUCCUCAUUCUGGGAUAUUUUUAGGCUCACCUCCCGCUACGUCUGGAGGGACACCAACUAAUAGACUUCACUGAAGGUGGAAGCUGAUUGACGUCAUAGCAUCUGUACCGUGACGUGUUAUCGAACACCCCUCCCCCAGACGUGAACGCACACGCGCACACCCAGACGCACGCGCACUCUCGAUCCAUCACUAAGUGUUUCCUUGACGGGAUAAAAACGCGCAUUGGAAAAAAAAAUCGCACAUCACCACCAAUCUCGGAACAGAUUUACCAGUUAGGUGUUUUUACGAGAACGUCCAACCUGUGCUGUGUGAUUUUUUUUUUUUUUACCUCCCUCAUCUGAUUUAAUUUCCUCUGAAAUGGAAUUGAGAUGUCGUCCCGCGGUGAUGUGUUGUUUUCUCGCCGUCCUCUCUUCCGUGAUUCCACGCUCCGUGGGCUCGCCUUACGUGGACAGACAGUAUCUGAACGAGUGGGCCGUCGAGAUCCCGGGUGGACUGGAUGCCGCGGCGGAGAUCGCCCGGGAGCUGGACUACCAAUUGGUCCGACAGAUUGGGGCCUUGAAGGACCAUUUCUUGUUCAGACAUCGCAAACAUCCCCGCAGGAUGAAGCGAAGCGCCACGCACGUCACCAGGCAGCUGUCGGAGGAUGAUCGGGUGUUGUGGGCAGAGCAGCAGUAUGAGAAACGGCGCAGCAAGCGAGCUUCCAUUGGGCAGUGCAGGGACUGCCCGGCAGACAAGCUGUUUGAUGAUCCCAUGUGGAACCAGCAGUGGUACCUGCAAGACACACGCACGUCGUCGGCCCUGCCUAAGCUGGACCUGCACGUCAUCCCGGUGUGGCAGAAAGGCAUCACGGGCAGAGGGGUGGUCAUCACUGUUCUGGAUGACGGACUGGAAUGGAAUCACACAGACAUCUACUCCAACUAUGAUGCAGCAGCCAGCUAUGACUUCAAUGACAACGACGCCGACCCGUUCCCCAGAUACGACGCCACCAAUGAAAACAAGCAUGGGACCAGAUGUGCCGGUGAGAUCGCCAUGCAAGCAGACAACAAUAAAUGCGGCGUUGGCGUGGCCUUCAAUUCCAAAGUUGGAGGCAUUCGUAUGCUGGAUGGGAUUGUGACGGAUGCCAUCGAGGCCAGCUCGAUCGGCUUCAAUCCAGAGCACGUGGACAUCUACAGUGCUAGUUGGGGACCCAAUGACGAUGGCAAAACCGUCGAGGGUCCAGGUCGUCUGGCUCAAAAAGCCUUUGAAUACGGCAUCCAGAAGGGCCGAGGCGGGAAGGGCUCAAUCUUUGUUUGGGCAUCAGGUAACGGUGGCCGCCAGGGGGAUAACUGUGACUGUGAUGGCUACACAGACAGCAUCUACACUAUCUCAAUCAGCAGCGCCUCCCAGCAGGGCUUGUCUCCGUGGUACGCUGAAAAGUGCUCCUCCACACUGGCUACAGCGUACAGCAGUGGAGACUACACAGACCAGAGGAUUACCAGCGCUGAUCUACACAAUGAGUGCACUCAGACUCACACCGGAACGUCUGCGUCCGCACCGCUAGCUGCGGGAAUAUUUGCCUUGGCACUGGAACAAAAUCCAGAUCUGACCUGGAGAGACCUGCAGCACAUUGUGGUCUGGACGUCAGAGUUCGAUCCCUUGGCCAAUAAUCCAGGUUGGAAGAGGAAUGGAGCGGGUCUCAUGGUCAACAGCCGCUUUGGUUUUGGACUUCUCAAUGCCAAAGCCUUGGUUGACCUCGCUGACCCUGCUACGUGGAAGCAUGUGCCAGAAAAAAAGCAAUGCAUUGUGAGGGAUGACUCUUUCCAGCCCAGGAAUUUGAAAGCAGCAGGGGAGACCACCAUAGAGAUUCCAACUAAAGCCUGCGCGGGGCAGGAGAACUCCAUUGGCUCACUGGAGCAUGUGCAGGUGGAGGCGAGCAUUGAAUACACCAGGAGAGGCGAUCUCCAUAUCACACUUACCUCACCAGCUGGCACCAGCACAGUGCUGCUCGCUGAGCGUGAGCGUGACACGUCCUCCAACGGUUUUAGAAAUUGGGAUUUCAUGUCUGUCCACACAUGGGGUGAAGACCCUUCUGGUACUUGGACCAUCAAGAUAACUGACACCUCGGGCCGUAUGGAGAAUGAGGGUCGGAUCUUGAGCUGGAAGCUGAUUCUCCACGGAACAUCCGAGAAGCCGGAGCACAUAAAGAAGCCUCGAGUGUAUAUUCCCUACAAUGCUGUGCAGAAUGACCGGCGUGGUGUGGAACAUAUGGAUGACAUGAUGGUGGAACCCACUCGGGCCCCUCCACCUAUGAAGACUAAAACACAAGCCUUAGCUGCUUCUGACGCACUCAAGAAAGCCCAAAAGCCAGCAACGCCCCCAUACUCCCCCACACAGGCCUUGCUGCAUCUCCUGCAGACAGCCUUCAACAGGCAAAGCCCCACCGUCCAGCAGCCCCCAACAGCCGGGGGGAGGCAGCAUCCUGGAAGGGGGUCCUCCCUCCUGGCAACGCGAAUCCCCCCACAGAAGCUGUACCAAGCUCUGGACAUGAUCGACAAGUACGCUGGCCCGGGGCACAGUGUCUACAGUGACUAUAGCGAUGGCUUCUACAGCGCCAAGCCAUACAGGCAUAGAGAUGACCGCCUGCUGCAGGCCCUGUUUCAGAUGAUAGAUGAUGACCAGAAAUGAGAGAGACGGCAAGUGAGAGCGAGAGAGGAUACAACAGUGUGCUUGUGUAUUGGUUGGGAAGUAGAGGGAUGUGGCAAAAAAAAAAAAAAAUGAAAAGAGAAUAAAAUUGGGAAUAUAAGGGGAAAAAAAAGGACCUCAAAGGUCUUAUAUUGGGUUCUGCAGGUUGACCCCCAAAUCCUCCAUAUUUACUCUCUAUGUCAUAUAUAUAUUAUUUAUUUUGCUAACCGGUGACUUAUUCUCAGGAUAUCCACAAACCUUUCUCAAAGCCUAUGUUGACAAAACAUACAUUCUACUAUAUGGUGAAACAACACAGAGAGAACAACUGUUCUGUCUGACUAUUUAAAGCUCUGGCCUCCCUUCUGGAAAAACAAAACAAUUAAGAGUAGCUACAUGUUUAAACUAAGUGAAAAAAAAUCAUACAAAAACAACGUAACCUUCUUUUGCAUUUUUAUUUUCUCAAACUGCAAUGCUGCAUUCAAAGACGUAUUUUUCUAAGGAUUCUCAUAUUUUACGGAAAGAAUAUAUAUAAAACCCGAAAACAGUUGAUUUCGCUUGAUUAGCGCAACAUCAGCGUGGCGAGAAUAGGAACACGGCCGAAUGGUUUUCGAGCUUUUGUGUCUUUCAGUGAAAAGAGAUGUUGAUUGUUCUGCAUCUGUAACCGUAUUUGUCAAAUAUAAGCCGUUCUUUGUGUUGCAGUACUCAUUUCACUGAAAGCACUACUCUGGUACUACAGGACCUAUUUGAUAGGAAACGUCAGCUGUGGGAUAGAGACUUUGCUUGACAACCUGCAAGCUCAUCUGUCUGCAGUGCAUUCAAGUUGUAUUAUUGUUACUAUUACAGGACAGCAGCAUUCAUCUCCACGUAGUGAGCUAUUUUAACUCUUUCAUGCACCAAUAAUGAUAACCUGUAACCUGGUAACAUGAUAAGUUGUGUCUGUAGUGACCGCUGUCCCUGAAAGGGUUAAAGCAUCUUUUGCAAGUUUUAUGUAAUUAUUUUUUAUUUGUACCGAGUGAGCUUUCAUGCAGAGUCUCUAUACCCCAGUGUGAAACUGCCAGCCCCGCUUCCCUGCCAAUCAGGCGAAAGGAAAAGGAUGAUAUUUGGGGAAAAUGCUGCAUUGUAAAUUACCUCGAGAGCGUAGCUGAAAUUUUGCUCGUUUAUGUUUGUUUGUUUGUUUUUGGCUGAUGCUUCCGUUCCGAAUUGUUUGCACAAAUCAAUAUUAUGUUGCAAUUUCUGUCAUGGAUGUACAAAAAAAUAAGAGAUUUAUCGUUAAAUAAACUGCAAAUUAAC